GUAUCGAGCGUGGGCGGCCGCGCAUGCCACUCCACUCGCCUCCGCCAUCCCGCGAUAUGCACUACGACGCGGUUACAUCUCGUACUAAAACCCGACACGCACGAUAUCACGUUAUUGCGCGCGACGUGCUUACGAUGUAGAAACAAUACAACCUCAUGUAAACUUAAGGCAUAUUCAUAUAAAGUGAUAAUUAUGACAAGCAAUAUAUUAUUAAUUUAUGAUGGGUUCGAGAAGACUCUUAUGUAAACAUUUAAGUUUGAACCCUGUACAAAUAUGGACAUUCAGAAGCAGCACCUAUGUCCGCGACUGGUGGAUUAUUUAACCAUCGUCGGAGCGAAACCUUACACCUCGGGGAAGGGGCUUGCCCCUGUACAGGCUCCUGAACUUCUGCGCCGCUACCCACUGACCAAUCACGAUGAUUUCCCCCUGCCGUUGGACAUGGUGUAUUUCUGCCAACCGGAGGGGUGUGUGUCCGUGGGGCCACGCCGAGCCCCCGGGCACCUGGCCUCCCGGGAUACCACCUCAUUUGUUUUUCAACUUACUGACAAAGACUCAGGUAAGACUCGUUUCGGCAUCUGCGUCAACUUCUACCGAGCAGUGGAGCGCGCGCAAGCCCCGGGCCCGCGAGAGCGCAGCAUGCUACGCCGCGAGUCUUGGCGCAAGUCUAUGGAGAAAAGCUCGGACUCCGCAUUCUCCAGUGACUAUAGGAGCAGCAACGUGGCCCCGAGUGACUCGGAGCGCGACUGCAGUGCGACACUAGCGCCGCGCCUCGCGCCGGCUCCUGACUCCGAGAGCGGAGGCUCGCACUCACAUUCACCCAGCCCGAGGGCAACAAGAAAGCGGCAGAGAAUAAGGAACCAUUCUCUAACGUCACUGUGCCUGCUUUCACAUCAUCCAUUCUUCUCCACAUUCCGAGAGUGCCUAUUUAUCCUAAAGAAAUUGAUAGAUGCAUGCAACGAGUCUUCCAGUCCACGACGUGUCGGCGCGUCAAGACAAAUUCUUAGAGAUACGGUUUGGUCGGUGUUGACUGGCCAAGCAUACGACAACACUCCGACGAUCGUGUUGCACGAUGUGAAGGAGAUAGAGACGUGGAUACUGCGGCUGCUGUCGGCGCCAGUCCCGGUGCCGGGCAAGACGAGGCUCGAGCUCGAAGUACUGUCGCCCACGGCCCACUCGCCGCUACUGUUCGCUUUACCGGACCAUACAAGAUUCACACUUGUCGAUUUUCCUUUACAUUUACCAUUGGAACUUUUGGGUGUCGACACUUGCCUGAAGGUGCUCACACUAAUCCUGUUGGAGAAUAAAGUAGUGGUUCAAUCCCGGGACUACAACGCGCUGUCCAUGUCGGUGAUGGCGCUGGUGGCCAUGCUGUACCCGCUGGAGUACAUGUUCCCCGCCAUACCACUCCUGCCGAGCUGCAUGAGCUGCGCCGAACAGUUGCUGCUGGCGCCUACACCAUUCCUCAUUGGAAUACCAGCCACGUUUCUCACCUAUAAAAAGAAUUUUAGGAUGCCUGAUGACAUUUGGCUCGUGGAUCUAGACGCCACCAAAUUAAUAUGUCCAUCUGGAACCGACCAGGACCUGCCUCCGUUACCGGAACCCGAAGGUUCCGUACUAAAGAACCACUUGAAGCAGGCCGUGCAUCUCAUGGGCAGUACCGGCAGUGGUGCCCUGAACAGUCUGACGAGUACUACGGCGGAGCAGGCCGCCGCGCCACUGAUGCCGUCUAGACGAGACAGUGUGGGCGGGGCCACACUCAAAGUGCAGCCGGCGUCGUACCGCGGCAGUGACGGCGCGCAGUCGGCGCCGCACAGCACGCCGGAGAGCCGGCGCGUGUCGCUGUCCGGCGCCGGCCCGGCCGCCGCCAGCGCCGGACACACGCCGCAGCGCCACUCGCUCGCCUCGCCGCACCAUUCCCAGCCGCAACCCUUCAACCCGCUCAUAUACGGACACGAUGUAGACUCCGUUGAUAUUGCUACUAGGGUUGCUAUGGUGCGAUUCUUCAACUCGCAAAACAUUCUGGCGAAUUUCAUGGAGCACACGCGAACACUACGCCUGUACCCGCGGCCCGUAGUCGCCUUCCAGAUAAACAGCUUCUUACGAUCCCGGCCAAGGACCACCUCCUUCUUGAACAAAUUUGCUAGAACACAAGCAGUCGAGUUUUUAGCGGAGUGGUCCCUGACUCCGGGCAACGUAGCAUUCCUACGUGUCCAGACAGGCGUGUUCGAUCCGAGGCAAGUGGGAGACAAGCCCAAGUGGUUCGCGGACCAACUGCAGCCCAUCCGGUUCCCUGUGUGGGACGAUGGGAGCUCGCUCAACGGAGCACUGAGACAACUACAGCGACAGGAGAACCAACCCACAGAUGAAAGUGGCUCAGAUUCCGAGGCUGCAGAAAGUACGAGUUCGUCUUAUUCGUCCCUCAGCGACUUUGUAUCAGAGAUGGCAUCGUCGGAUCUCUCUCCAGGUGGAAAUCAGCACCAGCACGUUAUUGGGGAGACUUACAGCGCUGUUGUACAAGUACCGAUGACGUUAUCAUCAUCAUUGGACCCUAAAACGGUGUAUAGUCCGCCUUCCUCGCUGAUGUUCGGUAACGAGGAGGAGGUGGGUCGCCGCGACACAGGCCGGGCCUCCACGUCCCCGUCGCCGUCCGCGUCCAGCUCCGACCACAGCGACCUGUCGGACGACGAGGCUCCUGGAGACGCCGCUGUGGAAGCCAGCGAUACCCAUCCACCACCCGUCAAGAAAAGCGACACAGACAGCGGCAGCUUCGGUCGCGAGUCGGACUCGAACUCGACGACGACGCCGCAGACCGUGGUGCGGCGGCCGCGCCCGCCCGACUCCAGCGACUCCGACCGCGCACUCACGCCCUCGCACCACUCGCUGCACCACUCGCAACACAAAAGCGUAAGCAGUGGCGUGUCCCGUCAAGCAUCUCAGUCUUCACUCUUGGAACAGUUCGCCGCGCAGGCCAAGGAACUGGUGAGGGAGACAACACGACAGAGCAGUCAGGAGGGACUGCUCGCACACAUGGACAAGAAGAAAGGAAAAGUAGCAGAUGGGGAGGAAAAGAAAAUGUUUGCGCCAUUCGGUCAGCUUACAUUGCACGCGAAAAAGGCAGCCGAGGAAGCUUCGAAGAGUAUGCACGAAGCGUCCAAAUCUGCUCUCGAGGCCAGCAAAACGGCUACAGCUGUCAGUAAGAACACUUUCGAAGAUCUCACGUAUGUUGGCAAGUCCACUCUCGGAGACCUUACCAAGAGCGCGAAAGAAGCUGCCGCCAAAAAGGGAUUACUGAUGAAGGGUGAAAGCCAAGACUCAAACGGCAGUACAUCAGGUCGCCGGGACUCCACGGCGUUACAGACUACCAACUUACUGACAGCUACACACCGUGACUUUUUCUCCAACAUCAGUUCCGACCUCAACGGUCUGGCGGCGUCCACAUCCAGCAUGUUUAGCGACUUCUUUGGAAAUAAAGGAGCCAAGCAACCCAAGCCAGGCGAGCAAGGUCGCGGUGCGCCCGGCCCGGCGAGUAGUACGGGCGGCGGUGGCGGGGCGCCGCUGGCCGCGUCCUUCGGUCCGUUCUCGAUGGGGGCGCGCGGCCUGGUAGCGCGCUCCCCCCUGAUCCGCCACGCGGCGCCCGCGCCCCCGGCUGCACCCCCACACUCGCGCCCCUCUGCCAACACUGAAAACCAGGCUUUCCUCAAUGAUUUAGUCCAACACGUGCUCGAAGGUGAGGGUGUGGGGUGGUUGAAACUGAACCGUCUGAAGAAGUUGAUGGAAGACGAGUCGUACAGGAACAUGGUGCUCAGCAAACUCAACAGGAACUUCAAUAGGAAAACCACACCCAACGACAAAGUUGAUGAUGUGUUCGUGAGCAAGCCGGUGUGGAAGGGAAUGCUUAAGGUACUGCAGGCAGUAGUGCACGGGCUUGAGCACACGUAUUCUAACUUCGGCCUGGGCGGCAUGGCCUCCGUGUUCCAACUGGCGGAGAUGGCCCACACCCACUACUGGAGCAAGGAGAUCGCUGGCCUGGAACACGGCGGCAUGGCUGGAUCCGCGCUCAUGGAACAUUAUGGAAGACAGGACCUCGAAACACCAUCGUCUUCACCCUCGUCGAGGAAAAGCUCACAAUCUGAUGUACCAGUAGUAAACUAUCCAGAAAUGGAUUCAUCCGAAGCUCAGAGUACCACGGAAAUGUUCAAAGAUAUGCUGAACCAGAAGAGAAACUUACUCUUCAGCAAGCUGACGUCUUUCGACUCAGAUGCCCCUCCCUCGUCGGACUGCUCGGCCGACGAGAGCGGCUCCAUCACCACCAACCGAGCCAAUAUCUACGACCACCGCGCCUCCUUUAAGUCCAACCUCUCUGACACUGACGUCAUGUUCCUCAAUGUGAACCGCGGCAUGCAAGGAGCGACCGGCAAGCCCCGCGCGGCCAGUGUGUUCUCGUCCAAGUCUUCAGUCAGCGGGUACCGGCCUCCCGUCGGCGUGCCCGUCACCUCACCCAUCACCUCGCCUGACACCACGCGCACGUAUCUCUACCAGGGACUCAUUGGUAAGGAGAGAUCAAAUCUUUGGGAUCAAAUGCAGUUCUGGGAGGACGCGUUUUUGGACGCGGUGAGUCAGGAGCGGGAUAUGAUCGGCAUGGACCAGGGCGCCAACGAGAUGAUGGAGCGGUACAAGUGCCUGAGCGAGACGGAGCGCAAGCGGCUGGAGCACGAGGAGGACCGGCUGCUGUCCACGGCGCUGUACAACCUGGCCGCCGCCAUGGUGCUGCUGGGCGGACAGCCCGACACCGUGCGCGGCAAGGUGCGCCGACUGCUCGCCAAGAGCCACAUCGGCCUCGUCUACAGCCAGGAGGUCAACCAUCUGCUCGACGUCGUGCAUACGCUGCACGGCAACGACAUAGAGCUGAAGCCGCUGGGGUCGCGGUUACUGCGGCGCGCGUCGUUCACAGUACACGAGGGGGACGCGGCCGGCGAGCUGCGGUUCAUGGAGGUGCGAGAUGACGGCCUCGUCUUACGCUCCACGCAAGGUACCAUCGUGGAGAGGUGGUGGUAUGAGAGACUGGUCAACAUGACUUACAGUCCGAAGAUACGAGUUUUGUGCCUUUGGAGGAAGAACGGGGGCCAGACGCAACUCCACAAAUAUUACACGAAAAAGUGCAAGGCGUUAUACUACUGUAUCAAGGAAGCCAUGGAGAAGAGUGGACGACGGCAGGACGCGGCUGAGCUUGGUGGGGAGUUCCCCAUACAAGACUGCGCUACAGGGGAGGGAGGGCUGAUACAGGUUUGCAUGGAAGGCGUCGGACUCCUGUUUCACCACAGCAAGGAUUUCGAGUUUUUCGUGCGGCUGGAUCACAUUAGAAAAUGCUUCACGCAGAAUGGCGGUAUCUUCGUUUUAGAAGAAUUUAAUCCAAAAACAAGGCAGAUUAUUCAAAGGAAAUAUAAGUCUGUAAUGGCGGACCAGAUUUGCUAUGCAGUACUUUGUGUGUUCUCGUACUUCGCGGCUGGUCAGGAGCAAAAGAAAGCGAUAUUAGAGCAAGCAGCACGUGUACCUCCCGCUAGCCAUGACGCUCUCGCCCCCACCAGUCCCGUACCCGACACCGACACUCGCAGGCGGACCAGCCCACAGGUAGAGAAACGAUCACCCGUUAAACGUACGAGCGAAGCAAGGUCUCCAGUUGGAAGGACAGAACCUAGCGUCUCAAGAGAAACGGCAGAGCGACAGCAGGUCCGCGGACCUUCAGCUGUCAGCUCUCCACCGCCAGCAGAGCGGGGCGGCGGCGGCGGCGGCGGCCGGGCCGAGCGCGGCGCCGACGCAGGCGUGCAGCGCACCGACAGCCUGCCGCCGCCGCGCCGCCCGCCACCGCCCGCACUGCCCCCGCUAGCACCGCGCCCCCGCCGCCGCCGCGCCCCUCCCCGCCUCCGCGCCCCCCAUCAGCUCUGCGCAGCCUCACCAACGACUGGCGCGAGCGCAUUCACACGCCGCGCCCGCGCGCCCGCCUGAUCCGCCUCUUAUCCCACCACGUGUCGGAACGGCAGGAACAAGGCCGAUAGGUCCCCCGCCAGCUCUACCACCGCGGCAACUGUCUGCGGCAGCAGAUGUCGGCACCGCACCGAGGUGAGGAAGUCAUGGUGCAAGGUGAACCGUCGUCGGUCGAGCGGUCACGAUGUGCUGUAAAGUAUUAGGAGAGAAUAAUCCGGGCCGAGAGGUGAGGAGGCUGACCACGCUGACGCUUGUCGCAGAGGCGCGAGCGGGGCAGGCGGGGCGGCGGGGCAGGUGCGGCGAGCGGAGCGGGCGCGACGGGCGGGGCGGGCGCGGCGCGGCGCGGGCCACCGGUGCGGCAGGGCUCAGUGUCGGCGCCGUUCGCGUCCUCGAACCCUUUCACGUCACCGCGGCACGCCGAGUUUGUCAUCCCGCAGCGUAACAACGUGCGUCGGUCCUCCACCACUGACAGAAGCUAGUUGUAUCUGUGACGCCGAAUGUUUGUUCUUAGAAAUAUAUCUGUACUACAUAACAUACAAUCACCCCUCCCUGUUCGAUAUUAGACUGUAGCCGUUCUUGUGUAACUUACUGUAAAGUGUUGUCAAAAAGUAGAGCUUUGGAAACGACAUAAAAGUAAUCCGUCACAAAGCAAUAAUAUCUUGUGGAUUUUGUAAAUAUUGUCGCUGUGAGUUGUACAUACAAACUUUCAAUUAUUAUGCAUUCAGUACCUACCUAUAUGAUGCUUAUGAAAGCUAAAAUUGCUAUCUUUGUUUUUUUAUGAAAUAAGUAAAUUGAAUAUAUUUUACAAGUACACAGAUUGAGAAAGUUACGCCAUAAUUAAUAAAUGGUCUUGUCUGUGUUUUCUUUUCUUACACCUACUUAUAGAAUUCGAUUUGUCCAUUUCCGUAAAAAAAUAUUUUAUUAUUCACUUACUUAGGUUAGGUUUAAUUUAAACAUCUCAUUUUGUGGAAAUCAACAUGAAAAUAAUACGCUAAUAAACGAUAAUAAUCUCACGAAGUAUCAAUUAAUGUCCAGAUAUUUUUAACAAUUACAAAAAAAAAACAAAACAAGUACAUAUUUAGUUGAAAACUUACUGUUGUUCAGUUGUGCAAAUAAUAUUUUGUAAAUAGCAUAACAUAUCGACUAAGUCAGGGUUGCAAAUGUAGAAUAUUGUAUCGUUUGUUUAAUGCUAAACAAUAUAAAUUGAUUUAGGCAAUUUGUGUAUUAUUUCGGUUAUGAAUAUCUUGUUAUAUAUUUCAUUACAAACCGCUAUUUUCACUUAGGUGCCUAUUAUUUAUUAAUGCAUAUCAAGCUGAUAAACAAUUGUAAUACAAUGUUUUAACAUAAUAUAUUGUUUUUCUAAUUAGGCUCCAUAAGUUUCUUGGCAAGAACGGUUUUAUUAAUUUGUAUAAAAAUGGUUUUGUUAAGUAUGCUUUAACUAUAAAAAUUUAGCUAUUUAACAGUAAAGUUUUACUAGUUGUAAACCACAUUCACUUCAUUAUUUGCCGUGUGUUUAGGAUAGAUUUAUUUUAUGCAUAGAAAAAAUAUCUGGAAAGGAAUUAAGUUUUGUUUUGUAAUUAAUCUGUAGAUAAGUGGAUGAAGUUAGUUCUUGUAGCCCUUAUCUUACUUUUGUUCUAUAAGUAUAAAUAUAUCCAGUAUUCAUGCUCCUGUUAUAAAAUAAAUGUUAUGCUGUUACAAAGUUGAUUAAAAAUAUUUAUGAACCGAACUUCUGCUAGAAGGUAAUGUUAUUAAUACCGAAAUGUUUGUAAAAUAACAUAACCACCCAAAUGAAUUUUAUUAUUUAUGGCAAAAAUAAAUAAAAGUAUCUUAUAAAAUAUCUUUAA